AACAACACACGACGCUUCCGGACCGUGUAUUUCCGGCUGCUGAUCCAUACCUGACAACAUCCCCGCAGUAAACAUGGACGCACUCGUAAAAAUGGCGGUUGUGGGUAUUGCGGUAGCGUUGUGUGCGGUGUACAGCGAAAGUGCGUUUACCGCUCGAGAGCUAUGCAUGAUGCAUGUGACGUAUGAAAGGGAUGGGCGUAUUAUAUCGGGUUACCGUAAUCUUCGACCAGGUCCCGAGAAAUGCAGCUGUCUAGAAGCCCGUGAAAAAGCCGAAGCCCAUCCAGAUUCUCAUCGAUGGGUGCCCUUGUGCAUGGCGGACGGGCAGUGGGAACGCAAACAGAACGAUUCCGAUGGUGCCUGGUGCGUCGACAACAACGGGAACCAGAUCACUGAGAAGGCCGGUGGUGGUGCCGCUGCCAGUCUUCAAUGCGAUUGAAUAAAACAAAAGCUGUAAGUGCAUUAAAUUUUUUAAGAUUUCUGUAAGUAGAUUUCUGUAAGUGCAUUAAAUUUUUUAUUUUUCUUGGAUUUGCACUGUGCCGCUACGCUCUAAUUACAGUAAAUCCAUAACUAUA